AUGGUGGUUGGCCGGGUGGCUGACCCUGGGUUUUUGGUUGAUGCUUUCAAAUCUCGGUCUUUUGCGGAAGCUUUAUCUAGUGUUUCAUCUAAUGCUAGUUUCCCAGAUCUCCGUGCCACCAUCGUCCGUGGGUUACCCGCUCUGUGGAUUUCAGAAGAUAAAAUUGAUGCUCUUGCCAAGCCCUUUCAAUUUGCUUUAGUUGGUUCUUUUCCGACUAAGCAACCAUCUCUCGACUCGAUUCGUAAAUUUUUCUUUUCUCUUAAGCUUAACUCAGAGUUUUCUGUAACUGUUCUGGAUCAGAUGCAUGUCCUGAUUAAACUGUCUAAUGAGCUGGAUUAUAGUAGAGUUUUUUGUCAUCGUUCAUAUUUAGUUUUUAAUUGUUUCAUGAAGCUUUCAAAAUGGUCUCAUUUACUGGAUGUGGGUUUUGAUACCCCUGUUAUCCCGAUUUGGAUUUCUCUCCCAAAACUUAGACCACAUUUGUUCACCCCUCGGAUCCUUCAUGUUGUGGGCUCUUUGUUCGGGAGGCCGCUCAAAGUGGAUUCCGCCACUUUUGUAGGGUCUCGACCGUCUGUUGCUCGUGUUCUGGUGGAGUUAGAUAUCACUAAAAACUUUCCUUCUCAUAUCUGGCUUAGGCCUGAGAAUUCGGGGUACAUACAACAGGUGCAAUUUGAAGCGUUUCCUGAUUUCUGUGUGUCGUGUAAAUGCCUGGGUCACCUUAGGGGUGUGUGCUCUUCUUCCUCUCUUGUUGUCUCUCCCCCUACUACUUCUGUUCCCGUUUCCAAUGCAGUGAAUGAACCGUUAAGUAUGGAGGGGUGUGAGUUAGUGGCUCCUGUGUCGGUGGCUAUGGAUCCUAAUCCCAUUACUCUUGGUGUAGUUGAUCCUGAGGGAAGUCGGUCUCUUGACGCUACGUCUGUGCUAGUUCUCGAGUCCUCCAUAUGA